UACAUGGGCUUCAAGUUCUAAUGUUUACUGUUUACAACAACAUGUUACAGUCGUUCAGCGUGCACGAUUAUUUUUAUUUGACCCUCCUGUUACAAACUAGAAUCGCAGUUUUCCCUCUAAACAUGAAGUUCUAAGUUUUUUAAACAUGUUAGAAGACAUAUUUCCAGCUGCCAAACGAAUCAUUGCUGAAAUAUCCAGCAGUUUCAAAAGGGAUCCAAAGCUAAAAUCUUUUGAAAUAAUCCCUCAACCAGAGAGCCAGAACAAAUCGCCUGUUCAUUCAGUUGAGCACUGUCUUGGACUGGAAUCAUGGAGUGUUCCACAUAUUUUUUAUUAUGCUUAUCGGAACAUAAACGAAAUAUCAUCAAAAAAUUAUCGAUCAAAAUUUAAAGAUCCUGAGUCCCUCUCCAAUUUACUCACCACUGCACUUUUGCUGAAUCCAGGAAUUGUAACUUUUUGGAAUUUGCGGCGACAACUUUUGGAGUUAGGCCACCUUUGUCCAUGUGAUGAAUUGCAUUUUUCAUUGGUAGUCUUAUCAUUUAAACCAAAAUGUGGUGAUGUUUUCAACUAUCGAAGGUGGAUUCUUUCGAAACUAUUCAAAGAAGAUCCUGGUAACUCUAGUUUAGUAGAAACUGAAUUCCAAAUAGUUUUGAGGGCAGCAGAAAAUUAUGCAUGCAAUUACAAUGCAUGGAAUCACUGUCUAUGGUGCAUCCAAUUUGUGACCUCUCCAAACGAACUACUAAGUCUUCUAGCUCAACUUGACACGUGGACAUCUCAGCAUGUUUCAGACCAUAGUGUACUUUCUUUUCGACAGUCCGUCAUCAAACGAUUCAAUGCCCUCUAUAUUUCCAUGCAAGUGCCUCCACCCCUCAACGUUCAGUAUUUAAAUCUUGUUAGUGAAAGUAUUAAGUGUUUCCUUGAAAAAGGUAAAAUUUCUGACUCUACUGCCGAAGUAAUCUCUUCCUCUUCUAGUUCCAUUCCUGUCGGUUUAGUUCUUCAUGAACUACUAUUCAAUUCGGAAUUGAUUCUCCGAUAUUCUGGACACGAAGCGCUUUGGGCCCAUCGGAGAUUUAUCAUGUUCUAUCUGUUCAAAUUUUUUCUAAAUGAGUCACCUUCGUCAGAUUCUAAUUUUUUUAGAAUCUGUAAAUUUUCCCAAGUUCAUGCAGGUGAAUCAUCUCCAAAAACUGAUGAAAAAUUGCUCAUUUCUAGUUCAGAAAAUAUAGAAUUUCUCAAGUCAGAAGUAUUAAAUCGCGAAAGGAAAUUCUUGGAUCUGAGCACUCCAAAUGAUAGUCAUCACAGUGAUAAGUAUAAAAAAUGGGUGAACAAAAUGCUCAAGCUAAAUUUUGAUGAGAUCCAAGAAGGUGUUGGAAGUUUUUAAUCAGCACAUAGACAUCUAUUUUCAAUUAUCAGUAAUUUUAAAAGAGUUGACUCCAAAAAUAUAUGAAUGUUUUAGUUUUUUUGCAUCAUAUUUACAUUUUUGAAGAAAAGCCUUUCAGUGAUAUGAAGCACUCUGCCCAACUUCAUGCUUGAUUAAUGUUUUAGUUUUUUAAAGUGCUUUAAACAGAAGAAAUAUCUAGGCGCUUCUUUGCACAGGAAAAGAGAAUGAAGUAAAACACUCAAAAGCAGCCAUUUUUUUCCUCUUCUUUCUUAGAGGUGAAGACCCCACCGGUAAAAAUUGAUAGUCUGCCUCAGUCAAUGAGUGUACUUUUGUCUGCUGCAGAAGAAUAAACUAGGUCUUCUUUUAUAACUUUAAUCAUGGUGACAAAUAGGAAAAUUAAAAUCAGUGUCCUCCUCAUUUUUUUUUAAGAGCACCCCAACCGCAUAAAUUUUUUUUUUUUUUUUUUGGGUAGAUCUUUGUUUUGAAAUUUUUAACUACACUGUGCCAACUCCAUCUAAAAGAAUCUUGACAUAUUAUUGUUUUUGUACGAAGCAUUUGCUCUUUGUUUUUAAAAUCCAUAUUUUUAAGUAUUUAUUGACUUGUUUUCUUUUUGUUUGUAUUUUUUGUUGUUUUCAUUAAUUGUGGUAUUCCACUUCAAUGGUUAUUUUUUAUUUUAUUCUUUCCAAGGUCUUAUGUUUGAAAUCAAUGUGAGUAUGCUUUAUAAUGCUUUUGCAGUUACUGUCUUUUCAUUAAAGAAUUUUGAUUACAUCUCUAAAAUUUUAAAGACCUCAUUAGUUAAGACUCAGUUUUCCCUGAACCCGUAUGGAUGAGACAGAAGGUAUGUUCAAAGUGAAAAGGCAUUUACUUCUGUCGAGAAGCAAGAGAUCCCUCCUCCCCUCCAAAAGCAAUCUUCAGAUUUAACUUCCAUUUUAUUUUAGUUUUUUAAUUAAUGCUUGAAACUGAACAGUCGUAAUGAAUGUUUUCUGCUUAUUGUAUUCUUCUUUAAUGCAUCUUAAUCUCUUUAUUAUAUUUAAAAUUUAAAUGAAAUAGAAAAUUCCUAGUGAGUAAGUCUGAAGUACUUCUCUCCAACCUUGAGUCGAUAGGCAUUAACAGCAAUGGAAUUCUUAAAAUGGAGCCUGAUACUGUAUGAAAAUAUUUAACCCAUUGACCAUCAUUAUAUCAGUCACACUUGCUUCAAUAAUGUCGUGGACUUACCAAAUUAUUUUGACCAUCUUUAAGAAAAAUAAUCCUUACCAUCAGUCAUUUACCAUUUUUGCAUCAGUAGAAAUACUGUUAACCAGCCACAUUUGUCUCGGUCAAAUUAAAUUACGCAUUCAUUUGACCCAAAUUUUUCUAACUGUGACAUCAGCUGAUGUUCAAAAAGAAUAAAACAGACUCCAGAAAAAUUGCUGGGCCCCA